AAUUUGUGUUUUACAUUGAUAAUAAUUUGUCGCCGUGUUGGAUUGACUUAUGAGAGUAGGUUUAAAAAUUAGUUUAAACAAUGACUGAAGAGACUAAUGCUGCUCCAGUGGAACCCGCUGCCGUAGAAGAACCACUCGACUUAGUUCGUUUAUCACUUGACGAAAGAAUAUAUGUAAAGUUACGUGGAGAUCGUGAAUUACGCGGUAAACUUCACGCUUAUGACGGUCAUCUCAAUAUGGUAUUGAGUGAAGUUGAAGAAACUAUUACGAUUGUGGAAAUUAAUGAUGAAACUUAUGAAGAAGUCAUUCGUACUGUAAAAAGAACCGUAGAAAUGUUAUUUGUACGCGGUGACGGCGUUAUUCUGGUUUCUCCUCCAGUUAGAACUGGUUCAUAACAAAUGUCCUAUUAGUGAUUCCAUUUUAUUUCCGUUGUUUUAUUAGAAACUAACAUUAAUCUUUCUUUGAGGUUUUCUUUUUGACUUAAUAUAUAAUAUUAAUAAUGUUGUAUCAAAGUUGUGAUUAAUAAAUGUAAA